AUGGGAAAUGGCAUGAACAAGGUCAUGCCCGGGUUGUAUAUUGGCAACUAUAGGGACUCAAAAGAUUACCAGCAGCUGGAUCGAUAUGGGAUCACGCACAUAGUUUCCAUCCACGAUAGUCCACGACGCUUUCAUCCAGAUAAACAUUACCUGUGUGUGAUUGCUGCAGAUAAACCGGACCAAAACUUGUCGCAAUACUUUUCGGUGUGCAAUGAUUUCAUCCAUUCGGCACGGCUAAAGGAGGGCAACGUACUGAUACACUGCCUGGCCGGUAUGUCCCGGUCGGUAACGGUGGCCGUUGCCUACAUCAUGUGCGUCACACCGUUAAGUUGGAAGGAAGCUUUAAAGGUGGUACGUGCCGGUCGCUCGAUAGCUAAUCCCAAUCUGGGCUUUCAGAAUCAGCUGCAGGAUUUCGAAACCAGCAAACUGAUCGAGGAACGAAGGCGGUUGAAGGAGCGCUUUCCUAGCCUGGCGCUUGAAUCGACGGAUAAGGAGCAGUGUUGCAUCGCUUUAGAUUAUUACGAAGAGCUGCUGGAAAGCAAGGGAGUAUGCGAAGGACAUUGCAAGUUCGGGAAAGACUGUCCCACGGGAAUCUGCCGGACGGACUCCCGGGGCGGCAUGAGACCUUCGCGAAAACCGAGCCUCUCUUCCAAAAAGCAAUACAACACAUCACUCUCAUCGUCACCCUCGACCUCGUCCCAGCUGUCGGUAAGGAGCGUGGGAACUCCUGGUGGUGGUGGCGGAGCACAGUCCUGUCCCACGUCGCCCCGCUGCUCGAAAGCAUUGAGCCAGCGUCAGGGCAGUGCUGGGGCAACGCGAAAUCCCGAAAACCCACGUGCAGCGGGUGAGUACGCGGCCGAAAUCGACCUCGGGGAGAUAUCGGAGCUCCGGCGUAGUAGCAGCAUCGUCAGUACCUUUCGUCCUCGAAGCAGCCCGGCCGGGUUGUAUUCCUAUACAGGCUCUGCACCACCGUCCAUACACGGGUCGCGGGUUGACUUGAGUGUUAGCGGAGGUACCGGUUCCGCCAUCUAUCUCGGAUCUACCAGCGGAAGUGGUGGUGCUAGCGGGUCCGGCGGAGCGACGGGUGGUGCAACAUCGGCAGGUAACUCACCAGGCCCGGGGCGUCGCCUUAGUAUGCGAUCAACACCCCGUUCCACUCCCGAGUCCUCACCGAAGGCAUCUCCCAAGAAGAGUGCCUCCUCAAGGUCGCUAGCAACCACCGUGCCUGGUAGCACGGGUUCGCCCAAGAAGAGCCCAUCCGGAAGUGGUGGUCGUACGGCGACGGUAACUCCAGCCACCUCCACGGCACCGCUCAGCACCAGCCCGUGUCCAAAGAAAGACGACAAGCCAAGCAAACUAACCUCAAAAACCACCGUCCCAAGUAAUGCUACUAAUGUCAGUAUCACUACUACUACUACUAGUGCGGGUGGCAGCACAGCGAGCAAGGCUGCACCCGUCCGUACUCCAUCAAUUGUGAUAGACAUAACCACUACUACGGCCACAAUUACGACCGGCACGACCUCCGCCAAGGAUGCAGCGUACGGACGACCAACGGAAAAGCGGAACGCACCGUCGAAGGACACGCAGGCGAAAGGUGCCGGUGGCAAAGGAAGCAACACCACCAACACGAACGCAUCCCCCAAAACAAUGGUUGCAAGCAAUAAUGCUAACAAUAGAACCGUGAAGCAGGAAUAG